GGGGGGUUGAAGUGAUCAUUGUGCAAGCUGAGGGGUUUAAUCUGCGUAGUUGCAACUGAGACAGUGAGAGUAGAAAACUGGACCUUCUUUCAGACCUGUGGACAUUCGUUGGCCGUGCAAAAAAAAGAACACCGUCCAUUUGAAAGGGAAUUUUCUGAAUGAAAAUGUGCUAGACCGACACAAGUAGUAAACAUCAGUGACGUUAUUGGUCUUCAAGAGGCACCAUUCUAUAAACAAAGAGCCACCUCAUUCCGAUUUGUGGUGAAGAUUAUGAAAAUAUGCUUCCAAGGUUGAAAAGGUGAUGAUGCUGAUGCAGAACCGAUGCUGAUGCAGAACCAAUGCCGUGACAUAUGGAAGGAGUUAAAUUGAAUGUUUUUGAAGACACCCUGUUUGUCCAUGUUACAAAACCACCAGCAUCAAAAGACAGCCAAUUCGAAGGUUUCAUUAUAUCCUGAAAAUCUCAAGAGUUCAGUGUGCCAGAAUCACGGCUCUGCAUUUCCCUUCACUGACAGAACCUGUGCAUUGGUUGCCCUGAGCACCUUCUUUACUAAUUCAUGAGCCAGAGGGAUGCAGUUGCUCAGCUUUCAGAACGGCUUCUCGUAGCUGCGCACAAAGGACAAACCGAGAAUGUUGUGCAGCUCAUCAACAAGGGGGCCAAGAUAGCUGUCACCAAGCAUGGACGUACUGCUUUGCAUUUGGCUGCCUAUAAGGGCCACAUUGAUGUUGUACGAAUUCUACUGAAAGCAAGUUGUGAUCUGGACAUCCAGGAUGAUAGUGAUCAAACAGCCCUACAUCGGGCAGCUGUUGUGGGUAACACUGAGGUUAUCUCGGCACUCAUUCUUGAGGGGUGUUCUCUAGACCGGCAGGACAAGGAUGGUAACACUGCUCUACAUGAAGCCAGCUGGCAUGGAUUCAGUCAGUCUGUCAAACUCUUGGUCAAAGCAGGAGGAAACGUCCAUGCAAAGAAUCAGGCAGGCAACACAGCUCUCCACUUGGCCUGUCAGAAUGGUCACUCCCAGAGUUCUCGUGUGUUGUUACUGGGAGGAUCCAGACCUGACAUUAAGAACAGUAUGGGUGACACAUGUUUACACAUUGCAACUCGUUAUAAUCAUGUGACUAUUAUUAGAAUCCUCCUGAGUGCUUUCUGUUCUGUCAGUGAGAAGAACCAGGCUGGAGAUACACCACUCCACAUUGCUGCUGCCCUCAACCACAAGAAAAUAGCCAGACUCCUGCUGGAGGCGGGAGCGGAUGGAAGCAUUGUUAAUAACGCAGGUCUGACCCCCCUGGAAGCAGCUAGAGAGAGCAACAGUCCUGAAGUGGCCCUUCUUCUCACCAAGGCACCACAGGUUCUCAGUUUCUGUCGUGGGAGAAGCCUGAGGAAGAAGAGGGAGAAGCUAAAGGAAGAACGUCGAGCCCAAUCUGUGCCUCGCGAUGAAUUGAUCCAGAGUAAGGGAAGUGUCUCAGUUGAUGACGUCCAUAGCAGUGACCAAGGACAUCAGAAGAAAAGAAAUGGAGAUGAUUUCAUCAGAAUGACUACACCAGAACAGAAGAGAAAGCGGGACAAAAAGAAGAAGCAGAAGGAAAAGGGUUCUGCUCUUUCUGACCCUCCUCCAUUGAUAGACCAGCCACCUCAGCAAGACAACAGACACAUCAGGAGAAGGAGAAAUAAACACUGCUGCUGUUCCCCAACUCCACAGCAAGGUCUUCUCCCUCAUAAUUUCCGUGCCUACCAGCUCUACACAUUGUACAGAAACAAAGAUGGCAAAAUCAUGCAGGCCCCCAUAAAUGGUUGUCGUUGUGAGCCUCUGAUCAAUAAAUUAGAAAAUCGUCUUGAAGCUACAAAAGAAGAAAUAAAAGCAGAGCUUGAAAUUGUGCAGGGAAAAUUAAAUACAAAACUUGGAGAACUGGAAGGAAGGAAUAAGCAUGAGAUCAGAGUCUUAGAAAAGUUAACAUCUGAACGGAUAUCAGCAGAGCGGACAGAAUGCCUGCACCGUAUUGACCAGCGUGCAGUACUGGAGCGACUCGAGGGAGACAGACGCCAGGCAUUAAUGGUUGAUGAUAUGAAAUCGUGGUGUUCGUCCAAGCUCCAAAAUCUUGAGCUCAAGUUGUCAGGAGAACUGAUGUCUAAAUCUGCAGCGCCUGACGGUGAGAACCUGCCAGAGACUUGUAGUACUGAUACCAUCCAAACCAACAGGGAUCAUAGGAGUUUCCAGAUGUACCCUGUCAUACAUCAGCCUGGAGAACAAUCACAACAGUCCUACAUUAGUCUGCACAGUAGCUUGUCCGAAGAAUCGGGAGGUGUGAAAGUCCAAUCCUCUGAUGAGGCAUCAGGCAGACAGUACCUUGUCAUUCAACAUGAUAUUCCAUCAGGAACAACGCAACAGGUUAUGACUGUUUCCAAUUCUUCCCCAAAUGUGCCUCAGGCAACUUCUCCAGUGGUUAGACCAAAGGAAAGAGCCUCUUCCCUUGCUGCUAAAAUACACCAUGAGUUUCCACCUUUGGAGAAGCCUGUGCCCAAAUCUGGGCAUGUAAAGUUUCAGACUUCUCAAGAAAAUACAGUUUUAACUGACCAAGCAAUAAGUGGCCAACCUCUUGGAGGAUGGAAUCAAAAUAAAAGCACUCAGACUAAAAAAUCUCUGAGUGCAAGGCACAGGCAAAGACAGAGCAGCACACAAGCUUCUGCUGCCCACCGUGUGGGCCAGCCCACCACACAAAUCAAGGACAGCUCACCGGUACUUGAAAUCACGCAGUAUUUUUUUGAGGCAGUUUCCACACAGAUGGAAAAGUGGUACGAAAGGAAGAUUGAGGAGGCAAGAUAUCAAGCUGAUCAGAAAGCGAGUCAGGAUAAAGUUGCUUUGCUUGAACAAAUUAAAAGUUUGGAAGAAGAACUGCAGAAACUGAGGACUAAAAUGCAAAAGGAUAGCUAGCAGUUGCCAGUAAAAGACACAUCUUUCUAUCAAGGAAGAAUAUCACCAACAGUGAAGAUCUCAUCAACAUUCCUCCUCUCUAAUACAAUUAUGUGGAUUUUCACUGAGUUCAAGGCUUGCAUUAAAAUAAUGCAUGUUUUCUUUAGGUUUGUUAGACUGUCAUAUCACAGAUUAAACAUUCCACUACCCUAUUUCAGGACCUCCCUGUAAUAUAGUGAAAUAGGUUGGGUUCUCAUUGUGUUAAAAUGAUGCACAAACUCAAGUUAUUGAUGAAAGACUUAAGGCUUUGAAUAGGGCACAUUAGUAAAUUGUUACUGUUGGCAAGUGUAGAAGUAUGGUUAAUUUAAGCAUAAACCUGUACUAUCAUAUUCCAAUACUGCGCAUCAUGCUCCUUAGCACUAGUGCCACAGUAGAAUUAUAAUAAUCCAGCAUCCUUGGGAUUUUGAUGGUGCCAGACUAUUGGAUGUUACUUUUAUCAAUACCCAAACACUCCAGCUUUGGAUAACUCACUCUUUCUGUUUUUGAGAACUGGCUAUUUUUGUCUGCCAUUCUUUUCCUUUUUUUUUCUAUCAUCAAACUAUCCAACAUUACACAGACAAAGCUCCUUAACCUUAUUUUAAUUGUCCCAUUAUUUCACCCUAUCAGAGAAAUUCCCUUUGUUCUCCAUCCCACCUUCUCUGCUGCCAAGACUAACUUGUUUCUCCUUCUAGAGGUGCUGUCUGAUCUCAUGAGUUUUUCCAGCAUUUCACUUUCUUUUCAUGUUACACAGUAAUAUAAUGGGUGCGACUUAAGGAAAUAUAUAAACACUCCAGCCUCUUGGCUUUGGCUACACCCUGCUCUACUCUAGAGGAAUAAGUUUGCCAGAUGCCAAACCAUCAGGAUUUUCAAAUUAAAGUGGAUACUGGAUUAUUGGAGUAUUACUGGUUUUAGUCACAAUGAACGAAUAAAGUACAUGAAAACUACUGUAAUCUGAAAUGCGUCAAAUUGAAGGUGGUAGAAUAAAAAAAACAUAUCUUUUAGAUGUUGGCAAAUCUAUCACACACAAAUCCAGUACAAUGAAUUUUCACAUCCAAUGUUAUAAGAGUAUAGCUGCCCAGAAUGACUAUAUUAUCACUAACAACACAUUUUGAUAAGCAUAAUAACCAGAAUGGUAAACUCCCAAGAAGAAAAAAAGAUUAUUUUAAUACUUGGGGGAGGGUGGAGUCAAAGAGAAGGAAUAAGUCAAAUGACUUUCAUAUUAUAUCUGUGAGCAAUGUAUAUUAUGUAUAAUAGAGAACCCAGGAUUACCAGAUAGCUGCUGAAUGCAGUUGUGAGAAUUUAAAGAAGAACAUAAUGUAACUUUUUGAAGUGUGAUCUAAAAGUAGAUUUAUAUUAAUUUAUCUCUUUUCUAAAAGACACAAUAGUUCUAAAAUCUUUCAAACCUAUUAUGUUUUACUGCUGGAGAUGGGGCCAGUGAGUUUCCAGCAUUGGAAAUGUCAAGUAAAUAAGAAGGUACCAGAGGAAGUUUGUGAGCAUGGCCACAACUCUCCCAGUGCUACAGCAUAAGGGCUUGGCUGGAUUUUGCUUCAUGGGCUUUGUUCUUGAUGUAGGAAACUUGGUGCUGAUAGUGGAUCUGGAGAGUGGUAAGUUCGGGAAGUUUACAACCCAAAGACUGUCAGUCACAGAAUCAGGAAUGUCUUCCCACAGGGUCGGCCUCAACCUGAGUACGUGAACAGAACUGGAAUACUCUGGGAGCAGAAACCAAGCAGAGUGGGUAAACUAACUGAGGCAACUGUGCAGCUAGUGUGACAAAAUUUUUUAGCAUAUAAACAAAGUUAGAACCACUUAAUAGCCAACAAGGUAUGCAGGAUUCUGAGCACCACACUCAAUGCCAUGCCACUAUCAUAUCUAGUUAUGGACAAUUACACAGCUAAUGGAAAGAAGUGGCUCCAAACCUAACACCCUUCCUCAAAGAUGGCGGGUCCCAACACAGGCUGUAGCAUUCACAACCAUGGUCAGGCAAAAGUGCUGAAUGGAUGACUCAGCUAGGCUUAUUCCAAGAUCCCCACCAAUACAAAAGUCAGUCAGCAUCUAUUCAAUAGUGUGGGGGACAUUACCCAGGUAAACGCUCGUCACAAAAGGCAUUUCAAAUCCUAUCUGGCUAAUUACUGCCCAGUCUAAAUCAUCACUAAAAUGAUGGAAGCCAUCAUCAACAAUGCUAUCCAGAGGCACUUACCAACAGCCAGGUUGGGUUUCACCAGACCACUCGAUUCCACACCUCAUCAGAGCUUUGGUGCAAAUAUGGACCAAAGAGGUGAAUUCCAGAAUGGGGGUGAGAGUGACUGCCCUUCACAAGAAGACAGCAUUUGAGCGAGUUUGGAAUCAAGCCACCUGGAAAAACUAAAAUUAAUAGGCAUCAAAGUAAAAACCUUGCACAAAGAGAGAUGGUCGUUGAAGUCAAUCACCCCUGCUCCAGGAGUUCCUCAGGGCAGUGUCCAAUGACCAACCAUCUUCAACUACUUCAUCCUUCCAUCAUAGCAUCAGUAGUGGGCAUGCUUGACUACAUAAUACCAUUCCACAACUUCUCAGCAAAUGAAGCAGUCCACGCCUUCAUGCAGCAAGACCUAAACAAAAUUCAAACACUGUCUGAUAAGUGGCGAGUAGCAUUCAUGCCAGGCAAUGGCCAUAUCCAAGAGAGAGUCCAAACUCCUACCCUGGAUAUUUAGUGGCAUUGCCAUUGCUGAUUCCCCUGUCAUCAAUGUCCUGGGGUAGGGAGAAGUCACCUUUGACCACAAAGUUAACUGAACCGGCCACAUGGUUACAGAAACAGGUCAGAGGAAUGGGCUUGAUGUCAUUGCUUGAUAUCAAGCCCAUUCCAUUUUCUACAAGGUAGAGUGUGAUGGAAUACUCUCCACUUGCCUGGACAGGUGCCAUUCCAACAACUUCGAAGAAGAUAGAUGCUGUUCAUGACAAAACAGCCUGCUUGAUAAGCAUCCUGUGAACCACCUAAACAUUCAUUCCUUCUACUAUCGCCUGCAGUGUGCACUAAAUGUUACUCACCUAGUUUACUCCAAUAGCAUCUCCCAAAGCUGUAAUCUUAACCAUCAAGGACGUAGGGCAACAAGUCCAUGGAACACCUUGACCUGCAGGUUCACAUCCAAGUUGUACAGCAUCUUGACUUGAAGUAUAUCACUGGUUCUUCAUAGUGGUGGGUCUAAAUCCUGGAACUCCCUACCAACAACAUAGUGGAAGUAUCUUCACCAGAAGGACUGUGGCAGUUCAAAAAGGCAGCUCACCACCAUCUUAUAAAGGGUGAUUACCAAUGGGCAAUAAAUACUGGCUUUGCUAGUCAAGUGCAGAUGCUGAAAAUGAAUAAAAAUGAGAAAAUGUGCAGGACAGAUUAUUCUGCCAGUUAUUAUUCAAUAGGUACAUUUAAGUGUAAGCAAUACAAAUGAUAGUUUAUGUAGCAAUUAAGAUUAAAGCAAUUCUGCAAAUUGGUAAUGUCUUGACGAUCCUUUGCCUAAGAUCAGCAUCACUGGUAAAAACAACCUGCUUAGUAACUGGUACAGUUCAUUAUAAUUACUACUUUGAACGUUUUGCUUUUUUUCAGAUCACAAGAUCUAUUUACAAGUUACAGAACAACUGUCAUGUUAUAAAAUGAUGGACAAUUUGUAAUCUUGUCAUUGAUUACUGGAGCUAUGUAAAUUAUACCCUUAAACUGCUUUGGUUUAGUUUUUUUUACAUUGUAAGUCAAAUGUACCAGCAGUUUAUUAAGAAUCUAGAAUCCAAUCAUUCCAAAACCUGUUACCUCUGUGGAUUUGGUUAUUGGACAUUCACAACUUUCCACAGAAAGCAGAAAAAAGAUAGAAGUGUUAUUUAGAAAAUGUAAUUGAUAAGUUUUGUAAAUCUAUGCCACUGUGCUGACUUUGGAAGUUUUAUCUAUUUUGUACAUUUUUUAAAAAAAUAUUAAAAGUAGAUACAAUUGUGAUACAGUGUACAUAAUGUGCCUUUACCAUGCCAUGGAUGUAGGACCUAAUAAAUUAAGUAUUGAUAGGACUGCAAGAAGCGAUUUAUAGAGUAGUGCCUUCUUGUCUGCUGCUUUAGUGCAAGGAUGUUAUUUGUCACAUCACACUUGAAAGGGCAAAACAAAUACUUAACUCACUACUUCAAACAUAUACAAAACAUCUAUAAUAUUUAAAAGGUAGAAGUAUAUCAUUGAAACUUUUCAGAAAGGGACCUGAACAGAUUAUCCAUGUUCCAUUUAAAAACUUUAAAUCCUCACUCCCCUCCAGCUCACGGUGUCAGAACCAGAAAAAAAAGAUGCAAAUUCUGCAAAGCUGUGCUGAUUUGCUAACACAACUCCCCGGAUUUGUGCAAGUGACACUGGAGGCUCCCUGCAAUUGCUUCACCCAGCUUGCUCCAGAAACCAGACAUUUGAAUCUGCCAUUGUACCUUUCAACCUCUAUUGGUAAUUGUUAAAAAGGUAGAUAUUAGAAAAUACAACUCCACAAGUCUCCUGCUCACCAUCAAAAUGCAGGACAAUAAUUCAACCUCACCCACUGCUGAAUAAGCAGAUGUUGAGUACAGCCAACGAAGUACAUCCAAUAGAGUGAUAUACAUCUGAUUGUACAUUUUAAAUGUGCCAGAAAAGCUUUUCUUGACAUGAUUUGACACACUCCUGCUCCUGUUUCUUAUGUAAAGAUCACAGAGUUUGUCCCAUAAGCAAUAUAAACAACCUAUUUAUAAGUUGCUGAUGAAAUUUGCUGGAAUAAAUCUGUGCAUCUUCAAAACAAAAUUUUCUUAAAACUAAGAGAAUUGCUUGGCUGUAUUCACAUGAAAUUGGUCUAAAUUAAUCUCUCUCAAAACCCUGGAAUCUACUAUCUUCUUUAAAGUAACCUUUAGUCUAAUCUUGUUCGCUUCGAGACAUUUUAGAAGUGUAUUUUAGUAAUUUUCAAAAAAAAUCCCAAUGAUUGACAUAUUGUACAGAAUGCACAAACUAGCUU